UUUGCUGCAUCAGGCUAUCUCAAGAAUCAUGUUUUAAUUCACACUGAAAAGGAACCACACAAAUGUGAGAUUUGUGGGAAAUCAUUUGCUGCGUCAGGCUCUCUCAAGAGACAUUCAUUAAUUCACACUGGAAAUGAACCUCGCAAAUGCGAGACUUGUGGGAAAUCUUUUUCUAUAUUAGGCAAUCUUAACGAACACGCAUUAAUUCACACUGGAGAGAAACCUCACCUAUGUGAGAUUUGUGGGAAAUCUUUUACUAUAUUAAGCAGUCUUAACAAACACUUAUUUAUUCACACUGGAAAGAAACCUCACCUAUGUGAGAUUUGUGGGAAAUCUUUUUGUUGGCCAUACGAUCUCAAGAACCAUGUAUUAAUUCACACUGGAAAGAAACCUCACAAAUGUGAGAUUUGUGGGAAAUCUUUUACUAUGUUGCGUAAUCUCAAGAAACAUUCAUUAAUUCACACUGGAAAGAAACCUCACAAAUGUGAGAUUUGUGGGAAAUCUUUUGCUGCGUCAGGCUCUCUCCAGAAACAUUCAUUAACUCACACUGGAAAGAAACCGCACAAAUGUGUGAUUUGUGGGAAAUCUUUCACUAUGUCAAGCCAUCUCAAGAAACAUGUAUUAAUUCACACUGGAAAGAUAACCUACAUGUGCGAGACUUGUGGGAAAUCUUUUACUAUGUUAGGUGAUCUCAACAGACAUGUAUUAAUUCACUCUGGAAAGAAACCUCACAAAUGUGAGAUUUGUGGGAAAUCUUUUACUGUAUUAGGCAUUCUUAACAAACAUUUAUUAAUUCACGCUGGAAAGAAACCUCACAAAUGUGAGACUUGUGGGAAAUCUUUUACUGUGUUAGGUGAUCUCAAGAAACACGUAUUAAUUCACACUGGAAAGAAACCUCACAAAUGUGAGAUCUGUGGGGAAUCUUUUGCUACAUCAGGUGAUCUCAAGACACAUGCAUUUGAACACACUGGAAAUGGACCUCACAAAUGUGGUAUCUGUGACAAAAGUUUCACUUACUUGGAUACUCUCAAGACACAUGCAUUACUUCAUAUCAGAAAGAAAAUGUAAGAAUGUGUUAGUUUACGCAAAUAGGUUUUCGUGGUUGGUGCCCUCAAGGCCUAUAAAAUAAUGUAUGUACCAGGGGACAAUAAAUUGUACAUUCGGCGAAAUAACUUUAAAAUCUGGUAGAAUUGUGAAAAAACUUGUAAUGAUGUGUACUAUAGAGUGCUAUCAGAUAAUGUGACAAAAAAUUCAUAUCUGUAGCUUCAUAUGUCAAGAAAUGGUAUUACCAAAUACUCAAGAAACAUGAAUCAAAUGUGUUUUUGUCAUUAGCACUGCUGCUUUUUCCCAUUGAUCUUGCGACAUGAAGAUUGUGAAUUGUGAUAAAUCCUCACAUUUGUCAGUAAUCAUAAGUAUCUUGCAAUAUUCAGUAUAAGGCCAACGAAGUGUGACGACUUGCUGCUUAAUAUUCCAAACAAAGUCAUCAUGUAG